AAGUUGACGGAGGAGGGGAGUUGAAUUACCAUAAUAACCCGAGAGACAGAUAGAGGGUGAAAAGAAUGAAAGCUCCUUGGGAGCUCAGAGUCUAGUUUCUUAAUCAAUAGAAGAAAAUUUGUAAUCCGAGUCCCUCCAGCAGCAUGCCAGGUCUCGUAUCGGACGCCCAACCCCUCGGAAUCUCCGUCCCGGACACACCCAGGCAAUCCCAGAGAACCCCUUCUCCACUCCCCAAAAAACCACCCAGCCCAUCUCCUUCUCGCUCCUCCAAAAAGAAAACUCCUGAAACCCCUCCGCUUCUCUCUGAUGCCUCUCUCGACAACCCGGAUCUCGGCCCAUUCCUCCUUAAGUUGGCCCGCGACACCAUUGCCUCGGGCGAUGGGCCCUCCAAGGCCCUCGACUUCGCCAUCCGGGCCUCCAAGUCCUUCGAGCGCUGCGCCGUCGAGGGCGAGCCCAGCCUCGACCUCGCCAUGAGCCUCCACGUCCUCGCCGCCAUCUACUGCAGCCUCGGACGCUUCGACGAAGCCGUCCCCGUCCUCGAACGCGCUAUCCAAGUCCCCGACGUCGAACGCGGCGCCGAUCACGCCCUCGCCGCCUUCUCCGGCUACAUGCAGCUCGGCGACACCUUCUCCAUGCUCGGCCAGGUCGACAGAUCCAUCUCCUGCUACGACCAAGGCCUCCAGAUCCAGAUCCAAGCCCUCGGCGACUCCGAUCCCCGCGUCGGUGAAACUUGCCGAUACUUAGCGGAGGCAAAUGUGCAAGCAAUGCAGUUUGAUAAAGCAGAGGAUCUGUGUAAGAAGACGUUGGAGAUUCAUCGCGCACAUAGUGAACCAGCUUCGCUUGAGGAAGCUGCAGAUAGGAGGCUGAUGGCACUGAUUUGUGAGGCAAAGGGAGAUUAUGAAUCAGCGUUGGAGCAUCUUGUGCUUGCUAGCAUGGCCAUGAUUGCAAAUGGUCAAGAUAAUGAGGUUGCAUCAAUUGAUGUUAGCAUUGGGAACAUUUACAUGUCGCUUUGUCGUUUUGACGAGGCGAUUUUCUCAUACCAGAAGGCGCUUACGGUGUUUAAGUCUGCCAAGGGUGAGAACCACCCUUCUGUUGCCUCUGUUUUUGUGAGGCUUGCUGAUUUGUACCACAGGACUGGUAAGCUUCGCGAGUCAAAGUCUUACUGUGAGAAUGCUCUUAGGAUUUACUCAAAGCCUGUUCCGGGGACCACCGCAGAGGAGAUUGCCGGUGGCUUGACAGAGAUUUCAGCAGUUUUUGAAUCUGUCGAUGAGCCGGAGGAGGCGCUGAAGCUGUUGAACAGGGCAAUGAAGUUGUUGGAGGAUAAGCCAGGGCAGCAGAGCACUAUUGCGGGGAUUGAGGCACGAAUGGGAGUGAUGUAUUACAUGAUUGGGAGGUAUGAGGACUCAAGGAACUCGUUUGAGAGUGCUGUGGCGAAACUCAGGGCUAGUGGGGAGAGAAAGAGUGCCUUCUUUGGAGUUGUUUUGAACCAGAUGGGGUUGGCAUGUGUUCAACUGUUCAAGAUUGAUGAGGCUGCUGAGUUGUUUGAAGAAGCUAGGGGAAUUCUUGAACAGGAGUGUGGCCCAUGUCAUCAGGAUACUCUUGGGGUGUACAGCAACCUUGCAGCUACAUAUGAUGCUAUGGGAAGAGUGGGAGAUGCGAUUGAAAUCUUAGAAUAUGUUCUCAAGCUGAGGGAGGAAAAGCUUGGGAUAGCAAAUCCUGAUUUUGAAGAUGAGAAGCGUCGUCUGGCAGAGCUUCUGAAAGAAGCAGGCAAGACACGGGACAGAAAAGCAAAAUCUCUGGAAAACCUUAUUGAUCCUGGCUCAAAGCGGACGAAGAAGGAGGGGGCAAAGAGGUGGCCUGGUUUGGGGUUUAGAAUUUAACCAUAGUUUUAUUCAUUUAAAUAUAUAUAUUGAAUGCACAUUCUGUAACAUAGGAUAUCUUGUAUAGGGUUGAAUAUGUAAUUUGGGAGGGAGCUUUCCUGUUUCUUGAUAUUUGUUCAUGCAUUUGUUUCUCUGUGUUAAUUGCUUUAUCAAUUGUGUUGUGAUCUUUUAGCUGUACCACAAAAUUCUAUACCUGUCCUACGUUUCCGGAAAAUGUUGAAAGAAAAUUUUUAUUCUGAGUGAAUAAAUUUUGAUGAGAUUGUGUUUUAUUUUACC